AUCGGUCAGUUGAGAUUGGUGCUGUCCCCCCUGCCCACGUCCAGACCCAUCAGUUUCACAGAGACAUAAACCGAGUAUGGGGGUUGAAUUCUUUCAUCUUGGCAGACUGUCAGAGACAGAGAGGAGGACCCCUGCCUUUCCUCCUAUACACACACUCUCCCUCUGUUGGAGCAGUAGAGGACCUACCAUUUGGAAGAGACCCGCUCCCUUUACCUUGCGAGGCUAUUUCUCUUGGUUUGUCAGUGACCUGCACAGAGGAACGAUAUGUGGGGGAAAAUAUAAUUGGCCAAGAAUUAUUGACUGGCCAAAGUUGGGAGGAGGUCAAUAAGGUUAAGCGAAAGGGAUAUGCUCAUUGCUCAGAACCUUUGAAUCGUUUAUUAAAGACGAUGCUGAAGGUUGAGUCCACAUUGUCUUCUUUUUCCUAUCCUUAAACUACUUUAGAUAUAUUGUGCCAUAAUCGUUCUUAAUUUUUUUUUCUUUCAUGAGUUAAGCACCUAUUGUAAGCUAAGCAUUUAAGCUGGAUGUACAGAUCCUCAUAAUCAUUCAUUCCCAUCUCACUCUUUCUAGGGACAUAAAUUAAGCACCUAUUUACCAAAAUUUUAGUCUAGGAUCGGAAAAUGCGGACAAAAAUAAAAUAGACCCUACUUCUCAGCUUUAAGGAGAUGAGUGAGGAGACAGAGAGAUUCACUGAAUUACCGUCUCUAUAGUUCCCUCCGUUUAUCCGCCUGCUAAAUUUCCUAUCUGUUUUGCCUGUUUGCCCGCCUGUCCGUCCAUCUACCUGUCUGCUUGCCUAUUUGUCUGUUUUCAGCCCCUCUGAGACCAGUGUUUGUGUGGACACCUUCCCCCCCGACACUUCCCCUCUCCCUUCGCGGCGGAGUAAAGCACGCCCCAAGAGAUUUCGCUUUGCCCGAGGGUGAGGGUGUCUUCCCCUCUCUAGCCGGUGCAUGCUAUCUAAAUCCCGGAGGCUUGAGCUACUAGGGCUGUUCUGUGUGAGGAGACUGCAAGGUGACUGCCAGCUUCCUCGGGUUUUCCGAGCAUAGUCAGAGGUGUUUCCCCCCCUUCCACUUCUGUCCCCCCACCCCUACUCUGAACGUCUCUUGACAUCAUUUCAUCCAUCAGAGCUUAAAAAAAAAAAAAAGCCACCCACCCAGUGUGUAAGCAGAACCCUCCUCAUCUCCACAGCCGUGCCUGCGCUCAGGCUGCGGAGAAGACAAGAAUGGGAACAGGGGCACGGAAGGGAAGCAGACUUGCCCUCCUCGUGCGGUCCUUUCUUCCCGUAGCCUGGGAAUUCGCUUCGGGGUGAGGCGCUCACACGGGGGCUGGAGGUCAUCCCUGACCUUGAGCUCGCUCACUCCCUCUCCGUGUGAAACUUAUCAGUGAGUCUCGCCACUCGCAGACGCGAGAAGGGGGCGGGGGGGAAGUAGGCUGCCGUGACGGGACGGGACGGGACGGGACUGGAGACGCUCUCCCCGCGGCUGCUGCUGAGUGUUUCUUGUCCCCGUUAUUUCUGUUCCAUGGGAUGGACCCCGCACGCACAUUGUGUCUGACCUGAUGCGGACUGAAGGGUGUUUAAUAUGAACUCCUCCUCUCUCUUUGGAAUCUGGCUUUCUGUUCCUCUGAUCUUAUCCUGGGUAACCCCACAAGUCAGCUCUUCAUGGUGGUACAUGAGAGCUGUGGGCUCCUCAAGGGUCAUGUGUGACAACGUGCCAGGCCUGGUCAGCCGCCAACGCCAGCUGUGUCACCGGCACCCAGAAGUGAUGCGCUCCAUUGGCCUGGGUGUAGCAGAGUGGACUGCAGAGUGUCAGCACCAGUUCCGACAGCACCGCUGGAACUGCCAUACCCUGGACAGAGACCACAAUCUCUUUGGCAAGGUCCUGCUCCGAAGUAGUCGAGAGGCUGCCUUUGUGUACGCCAUCUCCUCCGCCGGAGUCGUAUAUGCCAUCACCAGGGCCUGUAGCCAAGGAGAAUUAAAAUCUUGCUCCUGUGACCCUAAGAAGAAAGGAACUUCUAAAGAUAGCAAAGGCACUUUUGAUUGGGGUGGAUGCAGUGAUAACAUUGACUAUGGGAUCAAAUUUGCCCGAGCAUUUGUGGAUGCCAAGGAAAGGAAAGGAAAAGAUGCUCGAGCAUUGAUGAACCUUCACAAUAACAGAGCUGGAAGGAAGGCUGUAAAGCGGUUCUUGAAACAAGAAUGCAAAUGCCAUGGGGUGAGUGGAUCCUGUACCCUGAGGACCUGCUGGCUGGCCAUGGCUGACUUUAGAAAGACGGGAGAUUAUCUUUGGAAGAAAUAUAACGGGGCCAUCCAGGUGGUCAUGAAUCAAGAUGGCACUGGUUUCACUGUGGCUAACAAGAGAUUUAAGAAACCAACCAAAAAUGACCUGGUCUAUUUUGAGAACUCUCCAGACUACUGUAUCAGGGACCGAGAUGCAGGUUCCCUGGGUACUGCGGGUCGUGUGUGCAACCUGACUUCCCGCGGCAUGGACAGCUGUGAAGUCAUGUGCUGUGGAAGGGGCUAUGAUACCUCCCGAGUCACCCGAAUGACCAAAUGCGAGUGUAAGUUCCACUGGUGCUGUGCCGUGCGCUGCCAGGACUGCUUGGAGGUGGUGGACGUGCACACGUGCAAAGCCCCCAAGAGUCCCGACUGGGUGGCGCCCACAUGACCCAUGCAUCAGCCAGCUGCCUUUUCUCCCCUGGGACUCAAUUUGAUCUGCAGAGACACUGGACUGUGGGGUUCCCCUCCAGGGGGGCAUGUUUCUUAAAGUGUACGGCAGGCACUUUGACUCAUCAGAAGCCACCUCUCCCUUCCUGGUGCCUCCAGGACUGUGUAGUGCAUAUAAGUUAUAUUCUAUUCUAUUUACAUUACUGGGUUGUUACACUUCCCUGUGACAUAGCUAUGGAACAUCAUGAGGUCUUUUGUACUUGGGAGGGUUUUUUUUUGUGGGAGGGUGGGAGAGAAGAGAGAGAGAGCUUGUCUUUGUUCUUCCCAAACUCCCCCCAAAAGUUGACCAGGAAACAAAGAAGUUCAAAUGAUAUUUCUCUGUUUUUCAACCGAAUAUUCACAGCUAAGUGAUCUCAUGAAAAUUUCAUAAAACUUCCACUAAAUUAUCUCAUAGUUCCUAGAAGGACCAUGACAAGCUUUUUUACUUUGUUGUUUUUGGUCUGAUCAAGAGAUUUUAAGAGACACCAGCAUUAUCUGGUAAUUGGUAACUAACAAGAUUUAAAUACACCACAAAUUUGAAAUGUGUGUUUUUCCAAGGCCAUUUGAAAUUCAGCAUUUAUACCAGGGUAAUAAGAUGGGGAAAAGCUCAUGCUGAGUAAUAUUUUAAUUCCCUAAUAUAGAAUAUCUUAGGUGGAGAAAACGAACAUUUUAUUUUCUAUGGAAAGAUGCUGAAAUUUCUGGGACAUGAAAAACUCAUUUGGAGAGGGACUUCUUUCUUUCCCUAUAUAUAUAUAUAUAAAUAAGACCUGAAACAAGUAAGAGCAAUAUUUUCUGCUUCUCAGGUAAGGUAAUUACAGAAGAUAAGAAUUUCUUGAUUGAAUACCUGAUAAUGCUUCUGUAUAGAUGAGCCAGAAAAUAGGAAUUGAAUUCCUAUUUGGUGUUUGCCAUGUGAAUCACAGAGUCUUAUAACUGGAACACUUUGAUAAAGAUCGCUCUUGGGAUGACAGGGCCAGGAAUGAAAAUGCUGAUGACAAGGUUUCCAUAGCUAACCUAGUAACUGCAGAAGCCUUGAGUAUAAACAGAUUGCAAAAGGGUGGCCCAAAUGGUGUAAGGAGUGCCUCUGAGGACCAACAGUACUAAAAGUACAAUUUUAACACCCAUUGAUUUAAUUUUAAUCAUGCUUUUUUUUUGAUGAUUAUAAGAGGAUGUGGUCCUGACCUAAGGCAAAUGACACAUAGCCUUGCUUACAAACUCCAUAACCAUAAUGUAUUAUGUUGCAAAAAAUAUGAGCUUUGAGAACUAUAUUAAAGUGGCUCAGCUGUAAUUAUGGAAUACUAAUAUGCAAAUUGUGAUCUCCUUCUGCUUUGAGUUAAAAAAUAGCAUUUGCAAAAAAUCACAAAGCUGAAUAUUAAGCUAAAUGAAUGAGAAGUGAAAUGAGUGGAAAUAUUCCUUGCUACCUCUGGCUAUUAGAUUCUCGUUCUAAGUUUAAUUUCCAGUAUAGAAAAUUAAUUUUAGCAGUAUAUUAUCAAUAUGCACACUGAAAUAAGUUUAAGAAAUCAUUUAUUUAAUCAGAAUAGAUAUUUCUUUUCAGUCUUCUUUGUAAGGUUGUGUUCUAUAUCCCACCCCCUAAGUGCAUGAACUCAAAGGUUCUAUUCUGGGGUUCUUUCCUCUUUUCUCUCUCUAUACUCUCUCUUGGGAAAUUCUUUAGCUCUCCUGAAUUCAGGUCUCUACUCUGUGCAGAUGAUUCUUCUAUCUAUAUUAUCAGGCCUCAUCUCUCUCCUGAGCUCCAUUAUUUCAUCAAUUGUCUACUGAACAUUUCAAACUGUAAGGAUUAAAUUCAACUUGUCUGAAGUAGAACCCAUUAUCUUUCCCUCUUUAUAACGUCCCUUUUUCUGUUGAGAGCAACAGCAUCCUUCUAAGUCACUCAGGUUCACACUCUGGUAUUAUCCUUGACUCUUUACCUUCUCCCUCAUCCCCUAUACUCAAUCAGUUUUUAAUAUCUUGUUGAUAUUCCCUCCACAAUAUUUGUUAUGCUAAUUUUUUUCUCUUUAUUCACAAGGUCAUCAUCCUGAUUCAGACCUUCAUUACUUCUCAUCUGAACUAUUCUAAUAGCCUCCAAAUUGGCCUUCCUGCCUCUGGUUUUCCACUUUUCCUACUAAUCCAUCCUCCAUAUUCCUGUCAAAUUGUUCUACCUAAAACACAGGACCCCCAUGAGCAAGAAAAUCCCUUUACUUUGGAGUUAAAACACAAAUUCCUUUAUUUGGCAUGCAAAGCAUUUCACAAUCUGGCUAUCUUUCUAGACUUGCUGUACAUUACUAUACUUCACAUACUUGAUAUUCCACCCAAACUGUUCUCCUUACUCUUCCCCACAUAGAACAUUCCAUCUUCCAUCUCAUGCUUUUGCAGUCAGUCUUUCAUAGCUAAAAUACACUUUCUUCUCACUUCUUCUAAGAAUCCCUAGCUCCCUUCAAGUCUCAGUUCAAGUACAAUCUUCCUUCAUGGGGUUUAUCCUGAGCUGCAUUUGCUAGUGUUCUUUCCCCCAAGAAAUUAUUUAUAUUUUGUUUGCAUGUAUUUUAUAUUUUCUUACCUAUAUCCAUGUUAUUGGGUUUUUUUUUUUUAAAUAGAUAGCUCCUUGAGGGCAGUGACCAUUUUUUUCUUUGCAUCCCCAGCACCUGUACAGUGUCUGACACACAGUCAAUUCUCAAUAAAUGUUUGUUGAAUGAAUGAAUUGAUGAAGGUAGCAAUUCCUCCACACCCUAUUGGUUUUUAUCAAUUUCUGUGGACAAAAGCAAUUAAUCACUUGAUAACUAUCCUUCCAAGGAUAAGCCUGGCCAAAUUUAAUUAGACUAGACCUUUAAUGACAGCCUUAUCAUUGCAUCCAUACUUAAAACCUUUCAAGCUUGGUAGGACCUAGCAAAACUUGUGCAUGACUGACAGUCUAAAGUAACUCAUGUUCAUCUUUGUGUCAUGUAAAGCAUUAGGAUGGAGCUUAAGAGAAGGAGCUAUAAAUUCAUUUCUUUCUUAUUACCCUGCUGGCAAUCACUGACUUUUUUUUUUAAUAUUAGCUUUUUAUUUAUUUUUAAAAAUAACUUUUUAUUGACAGAACCCAUGCCAGGGUAAUUUUUUACAACAUUAUCCCUUGCACUCACUUCUGUUUCGAUUUUUCCCCCUCCCUCCCUCUUCCUCCUCCCCCAGAUGGCAAGCAGUCCUAUACAUGUUAAAUAUGUCACAGUAUAUCUUAGAUACAGAAGGUAGAAAUAACCCGUGAAGAAAAACAAAAAAUGCAAAUAGUUUACAUUCAUUUCCCAGUGUUCUUUCUUUGGGUGUAGCUGCAUCUGUCCAUCAUUAUUCAAUUGAGACUGAGUUAGAUCUCUUUGUCAAAGAAAUCCACUUCCAUCAGAAUACAUCCUCAUACAGUAUCAUUGUUGAAGUAUUUAAUGAUCUCCUAGUUCUGCUCAUUCACUUAACAUCAGUUCAUGUAAGUCUCUCCAUAGCUUUUUAUUUUCAAAAUACAUGCAAAAAUAGUUUUCGACAUUCACCCUUGUAAAACCUUGUGUGCCAAAUUUUUCCCUCCCUUCCCCUACCAACCUCCCCUAGACAUCAAGUAAUCCAAUAUAUGUUAAACAUGUACAAUUCUUCUAUAUGCAUUUCCACAUUUAUCCUGAUACACAAGAAAAAUCAGAUCAAGAAGGAAAAAAAUGAGAAAGAAAAAGCAAGCAAACAAGAACAAAAGGAUGAAAAUGUUAUGUUGUGACCCACAUUCAGUUCCCACAGUCCUCUCUCUGGGUGCAGAUGGCUCUCUCCAUCACAAGUCUCCAUCACAAGAAUUUCCCCAAUCAUCCCAUUGUUGAAAAGAGUCAUGUCAAUUAGAGUUGAUCAGAACAUAAUCUUGCUCUUGCCACAUACAAUGUUCUCUUGGUUCGGCUCAUUUCACUCAGCAUCAGUUCAUGUAAGUCUCUCCAGGCCUUUCUGAAAUCAUCCUGCUGAUAGUUUCUUAUAGAACAAUAAUAUUCCAUAACAUUCACAGACCACAACUUAUUCUGCCAUUCUCCAACUGAUGGGCAUCUAUUCAGUUUCCAGUCUUUUGCCACUAUGAAAAGGGCUGCCACAAAGAUUUUUGCACACGUAGGUCCCUUUCCGUUCUUUAAGAUCUCUUUGGGAUAUAAGCCCAGUAGUAGCACUGCUGGAUCAAAGCAUAUGCACAAUCUGAUAUCCCUUUGGACAUAAUUCCAUAUUGCUCUCCAGAAUGGUUGGAUCCAUUCACAACUCCACCAACCAUGCAUCAGUGUCCCAGUUUUUCCACAUCCCCUCCAAUAUUUAUAAUUAUCUUUUCCUGUCAUCUUAGCCAAUCUGAGAGGUGUGUAGUAGUACUUCAGUGUUGUCUCAAUUUGCUUUUCUCUAAUCAAUAGUGAUUUAAAAGCAGUUUUUCAUAUGACUAGAAAUGGUUUUAAUUUUUGCAACUGACACUUUAUUUUUUUUU